UCUCUCCACUAUUGGUUGAUGGAAUAAUGAAAAUUUUAUGCAAAUACUACAAUGGUUCAUGGGAAAGUAAAUGGGAAGUUUCUAAAUUGCUACAGUCAUGCUAAUUGUAAGAAACUCAUAAUAAAUGUUAGUCAACUUACUUAAUGGCUAGUCGAGGAAUUACUUUUGUAGAUUAACCCACAACCCAACCAUGUCAUUAUCACCCAAUUAAACACAAAAAAGACUCCUCACUCAUGACAAUCUUAAGAAGCGGGGAUUUCAACUACCAAGCAGAUGUGCCCUUUGCGAAAAGGAGGAGGAGAACCCGAAUCAUCUGUUCAUCAAUUGCAGCUUCUCAAAGGAAAUUUGGUGGAGGAUGCAGUCAUUCGUCAGGAUGGAAAGCAGUACCAUUGAUAAUGACGAUAUUUCAACAAGGAUCAAGCGGUGGUAUCGUGGAAAGCCAUCCAGCCCUUGGCAAUGGUGCACUAAGAUUUUCAUCCACGCCUUCUCCUGGACAUUAUGGCUGGAAAGGAACUCCAGAAUCUUCAAGGGGGAAGCAGCUUCCCCUAAGGUCACAGCUUUCCGCAUUGGUUGCCUAAUCGCAAGCUGGGUGUCCGCAGCAGAGAAAGUUGAUAAGCAUGUGGCAGAAGCUUGGGUGUCGACUCUCAAAAGUAGGUUGAUUUCCAGUACUAGGAGAACCCCCUGCUAGGCGUUUGAAGUAGCUGUUUUGCUGAUGUAGUCUUCGGUUUUGUUUUGCCCUAGUGCCUUUUGUAUCUUUUGCAGAUUUUACUAAUAUAUAUCAUCCUUAACAAAAAAAAAAGAAUGUAUGUGGAUACGGAUCACAACUAUACUAACUUAGUAAUAAGUAAAUGGAUCAAUUUGAAAUCAAAAAAAUCCACCCAAAAACCCACUCAUUGUCCACCUCGGCAUGGUAACACAUGCUAUGAUGCAUACCCUUUCUAACUAACUGGUGUAACUAAUUUCGAUCUUGAAAGCCGAGGAGAUCAGUGGCGGACCCAGGAAUUUUACAUAAUGGGUGUCCUCUUUUAAAAAAUAAAGUAAAAUAAAAAUUAAAUAAUUAAUAAUUAAUAAAAAUUAUAUUAUUCUUUAGUAAGAAAAUACCCAACUCGUACAAGUUAAAAAAAAGUAAAUGAUGUAUUUCCAUAUUCUAAAAAAUUAUAAAAAAAUACUUGGUGUCUACACUGCUCAACAAAUUUGUCUUGGUAUAUCCUACUAGACAAUCAUUCAGAAACUGACGCAUAUUUGAUUUCUAAAUUUGUUCAUGAUGUAACUCAAAGCUGAAAAAACACUUUCAACACUUUUCGUACAACCAUAAAAUCAAUGCAAAUUGAGGGUAGAUUGUAAUUAGAUUAAUUGUUAGGUUUUGAAAAUAAUUAAAGAUAGAGAAUAGGGUUUUGAAAAUAAUUACAUAGUGUUUAGAAUAUAACAACAAAAAAGUUGUAGCCUAAUGGAAAUUAUAUUUAUUAGUAAUAGUAGUGUCCCGGGUUUGAAUUACCCAAACUACCACUUAUAUUCUCAUACGCAAACUACAAACGAGAGUAGUAUAAUCGUUUUCAAAUUUUAGGGUGUCUCAGACUAUUAAUUAUAAUUUUUUUGUCUAUACGUAAAUUUCCACCGGGGUUGGAUAAUCGAUCUUUCAAAAUUUAGGAGUGUCCCCGGACACUCUAAAUGCCCCUGGGUCCGCCCCUUGAGGAGAUGAUUAAUUAUCCAUCUGACGUAUGUAAGCAUAUAGCUAAUCAUGAUUAGUUGAAAGCUGUUAGUCACUGCCACCAAAAUCCAACCAGUUUUCUCCCAUAAUAUCGCGAAAUGCCGCGUUAAUUUUACAGCUAUGAUGUGCAUCACAACAUAUGCAUACUCGGCCCAUCAUUUCUGUAUGUUCAUUGAGAUACCGUUUAAAUGCGUUAAAAUUUUCUUUAAAGUCAGCUUUGAGCUAUUCUUUCGCUCGUAUUGCCAUAAGAAAUUAUCAGAACAUCUAUAGUAGAAAUAUAUAAUUAUAUAUGGUUUAUGUAUGUUCAAAGUCGUAUGCUCCCAGAAUAUAGUAAAUUUAAGGUAUUACUAGUAAGAUAUAUUUAUUUUGAUUAGGAAUUAAAUCGAGUUUCGGGCAUUUGAUAUUAUACCCUAAUCUAUAAUGGAUAAAUAUUAGACCUCUGAUUCUCUAACUCUGACUCAAAGUUUAAUUUUAGAGAAAACAACAAUGGAUCGUUGACAUUGGUUGGAACUCAUCGAAGUACAUCUAACGGCCACAUCAUCUGAAGCAUACUAUGCUCAAAGAGCAUACGAGUAGUCUCUAUAUAUAAAUAUGGUAAUGACUGGUAUACUCGAGGAGUGUAGUAUACUCCAUGUGAUGAUGUGAACUAGCCGUUAGAUGUACUUCCAUGAGAUCCAACCAAUCUCAACGAUCAAUUUAUAUUUUCCAUUUAAUUGAACUUUGGGGUUGGGUUUAGAGAAUCGCGGCUAGCAUAUGCCAGACGUACGGUUACCUUACUGUACGCCUGUCGAGUUUGUUAUCUGGACCAUGAAUUAAUCGGAGUUUGGGGCAUGAUACUAUACCAUAACCUUUAAUGGAUAAACCCUAGUCCUCAAUUUUCUGGCCCAAACCUUAAGAUUCAUUUAAUCUUAAAAUGAAAAUAAAAAAUUCUG